CGACCGAGGAGUACGGAAGUAGAUUUUCUGUCACAACUAAACGUUGCUGCUCAGCUGAGAAGAGGGCUGUGGUGUUCUGGACAGUGGGAUGAUGCUGAGGGGGUCAUCAGGAGGCAGCAAUGGCUGCUCGUUUAAGCCUCUGGUGGUGAUGGAGCUGGCCUCAAAAACCAACGAAGAAGCCAUUGCGUGGCUGUUGAGCAGGAUAAAGGACAAACAGCAGAAUGGAGGUGCUGACCUGCUGGUGGAGCAGCUGGGCCCUGGAGUUGGGGCUCAGGAGAAGGAAAACCCCAAUGUGUUUCUGGUAGGGGCCUCCUGGCAAAGACUUCUCCUUGGGGCUGAAGAAGGGGGCCUAUUUAAGGAAUACAGCGAUGGAUCUAUGAGGGCCUUCACCUGCGCCAACCAACACAACUUCAAAGACUUUAAAGGAGAUGGAGAUGGCUUCCUCAGUAUGGCGGAGUGUCAGUACAUCAUCAAGCAUGAGCUGGACACACUACGGGCCAAAGAUGAGACUCACGUACCAGGAUACAGCCAGGCCAAACUCUACCCCGGGAAAUCAAUCACUCGCAGGUUGCAGUCCAAAGGAAUUUUGAUCCAGAUAUUUCCACUGCACGAGAAGGAAGGACUGAAGAGACUGUCUUUUUCCUGGUAUAAAAAGGUUAGGUUGUCCCUGCAGCCUCUUGACGAUAUCAGACACUACUUCGGUGAAGGUCAGGCUCUCUACUUUGGCUUUCUGGAGUACUUCACCUUUGCCCUGAUUCCCAUGGCCCUUAUUGGAGUGCCUUACUACCUGUUUGACUGGGAGGACUAUGACAAAUAUGUCGUGUUCGCUGUGUUCAACCUCAUCUGGUGCACGCUUAUCCUUGAGUUAUGGAAGAGAUGCAGCGCCUCAUUAGCUUACCAGUGGGGCACAUUGAGCAGGAAGAAGGCCUUUGAAGAACCUCGACCUGGAUUUCAUGGUGUCCUCGGUUUCAACCCUGUGACGGGCCGUGAGGAGCCCCUCUAUUCCAACACUAAGCGUCUGCUUCGCAUCUAUCUGGUGUCAGUGCCCUUCGUCCUGCUUUGCCUUUAUCUGUCACUCUACGUCAUGAUGAUCUACUUCCAGAUGGAAGGUUGGGCGCUGUCGGUCCACGAUGAAGAGCCUACUUUCUGGACGGGAGUGCUCUUGUUCAUCCCCAGUAUUAUCUAUGCGGUUGUCAUAGAGAUCAUGAACCUCAUCUACAGAUACGCUGCUGAGUUCCUCACUGGGUGGGAAAAUCACCGACUGGAAUCUUCACAUCAGAAUCAUUUGGUCCUCAAAGUAUUAGUCUUCAACUUCUUCAACUGUUUCGCCUCGUUGUUCUACAUUGCUUUCAUCAUGCAAGACAUGGUUCUGCUCAGACAGAGUCUGGCCACCUUGCUGAUCACCAGUCAGAUCUUGAAUCAGAUCAUGGAAGCCUUCCUGCCCUACUGGCUUCAGAGGAGACGCAACAAGAAGAUGAUUCGCAAAGUUCACAAGAAAAGGACUCUGGAGGACAAAGAGCUUCCUCUGGCAGAACAAGUCCGGCUGGAGGCCGAUAUGAGCACAUACUUGGGUACGUUUGAUGAUUAUCUGGAGCAGUUCCUGCUCUUUGGGUACGUCAGCCUGUUCUCCUGCGUCUAUCCUCUGGCUGCUGUGCUGGUGGUGUUGAACAACGUCACCGAAGUUUACUCUGACGCCUUCAAGAUGUGCCGCGUGUUCAAACGACCUUUCUCCGACCCGGCUGCAAACAUUGGAGUAUGGCAGCUUGCCUUUGAGACCAUGAGUGUGAUCGCUGUUGUGACCAACUGUGCUCUGAUCGGCAUGUCUCCACAAGUCAAAGCUUACUUCCCUGAAUCAGAGCUGCAGCUUAUACUGUGGAUAGUGGCGAUUGAGCAUGGGCUGCUGGCUUUCAAAUUCAUCCUGAGCUUCCUCAUCCCAGAUGUCCCAAAACACAUCCAGAUCAAACUGGCCCGUCUGGAGUUUGAAUCACUGGAGGCCCUCAAGAAAAAGAAAUUGCUGGAAGCCUCUGAGCUCAGUAAGAGCAUCCAGUGAGGAAGAGGGCCUCCAAAGCUACAGAUGAAGACAUAUUUGUAUCUACAAGGUUAUUUUGGAUUGAAUGUGGUUGGUUUUUAUGUACGGGAGGGAAACGGUUAAUUUGCUUCACUGUGUCAUAGAGGGGCUGAUAUGUACAAUAAAAACAGUUUACUGUAAGAGAGGAGCUGGAUGAACAAGAAACAUUAUGCUUGUCUUUUACAUUGAUGUUGUUCACGUGGGAUUGUGUUAAAAGUACAGAGGGAUGCUGUAAACAUGAUAUACUACAUUUCUGUUCUGCUUUUUAGCCACUCAAGUCACUUUGGUAUUGGGUUAAUUCAUUACUUUAUUCCAGGAUGGUGCACAGUUAAAAAAGAAAAAUAAAGCUGUAAGAUGGUGGUGAAUGCACACUGUACCAAAGCUUCAUCUGGUUUGACUGAAUAAUGUGUAUAUUGGCUGUUUUCAAGUGUUAAAGCUGCUUGUUCUUAUACUCGACACUUCAGGUAUAGAAGUAAAGCAAUACCAUAUAAAUGUAAUUUGUCAUUUCUGAAAAAAUGGCUGUACCAGUACACAAAACUCACAGAUUGGCUUGUGAUGUUCAUAGACCAGAAAACAAGUCAACCUAAGAGUCCUCUGGUAACCAGCUGUCUUGUCUUAGCAUGUGACAUGACACAGUUAGCUUUAUCACUUAGUUCCUUUAUUGAGGAGAAUGACUUGAAGUUUUAAACCAUGCACUCUUGUUACACCUCUGGUGCCUUUUAAUGUAACACAACCUGAAUAUCUGUACCCCGAAGAUAAAAAGUAUUGCCACUGUAAUGGCUGGUUGCUUUGAAAUAAACUUCUGAAUGAGGAAA